GGUGGAGCCUCGACAACAAAACAUCAGGUGAUUAAAUGGUUGUAAGACAGUGUGUUUCUCUGCAAUUUGUGGUGUGUGCACGUCGUCAUCACCAGGAUUUGUUAGAAGAUGGUAGAACGUUAUGAGACUUCGCUGCUUUUGCUCUGUCUCUUCUCAUUUUCUGUACUCGUUCUAGCUUCUUCGCCAUGCCCCCUUACUGGGUUACCACUAGUGAGAAAUAUCAGCGAGAUUCCUCAGGAUAACUAUGGUAGGGCGGGACUCUCUCACAUGACUGUUGCAGGUUCAUUAUUACAUGGAUUGAAGGAGGUUGAAGUAUGGCUUCAAACAUUUUCACCUGGAACAUACACCCCAAUUCAUAGGCAUUCCUGUGAAGAGGUUUUUGUUGUUCUCAAAGGGAGUGGCACUCUUUAUCUUGCAUCAGAUUCGCAUGGAAAAUACCCUGGAAAGCUGCAGGAGCACUUUAUCUUUACAAAUAGCACAUUUCAUAUUCCUGUUAAUGAUGUUCAUCAGCUUUGGAACACCAACGAACACGAGGAUUUACAAGUGCUUGUUAUAAUAUCUCGUCCACCUGUUAAAUUAUUUGCAUACGAGGACUGGUCCAUGCCUCACACUGCAGCGCAAAUGAAAUUCCCCUAUUACUGGGAUGAGCAAUGUUAUAAGGAAUCCCCAAAAGACGAACUAUGAUUGGUAGCCAAGGUUUGCACAUUUUAUUACUGGAGAUUUUCCAUCACUGAGUGUUUUCUUAGCAAGAAAUUCAAAGUUAUUUGAAGAAAAUUUUAUUUUGUUUAGUCUUGUAUUACCAUUUCAUUCACAAAGACCGGAUCAUGUAAGCCUUUUCUGAAAGAUUGCCACAAUUUGGUCCAGAUGAUUAUGCGAGUAUGGAUGGCUGCGAUAGCAAUUUUUGGUACU